AUGGCUUCUGUUAACUCUCCCAUUUGCAAAGAUUAUUGGUUGAAUAUUGUUAACACAGAAGCUGUAAUGCCUGCUCUUCCAAUGCAGCAGCACAUCCUUCCUCUGUCAAAUCUUGAUCUCCUUAUUCCUCCCGUUUAUGUGUAUGUGUUUUUCUGUUAUAAAAAUCCCUUUCCUAGGACUUUUGCAUCAGCAAUAUCUCAUCUGAAGGCUUCCCUCUCGAGGGUGUUGGUGCCCUAUUAUGCAUUUGCAGGAAGAUUGGUAAUAGAUAGUAUUGGCCCACCAAAGGUCCAUUGCAAUAACAAGGGAGUUCGCUUCACCCAAGCUUAUGCUGCACCUCCUCUUUCUCAUUUGAAUUUAUACAACCCUGACGAGUCUGUACAGGGAAAGCUUGUUCCUCUGCCUUCAAUGCCUUUUCAAGAAGAUGGCACACCUGUCUUCCGUAUACAGGUUUCAGAGUUUAGCUGUGGAGAUAUCGUUAUUGGCUUCACAUUCGACCACAGAAUUGUAGAUGUAUACUCUGCAAACAUGUUUUUCGUAAGUUGGGCAAAGCUUUGGAGGAACGACUCAACUGUUUCUCCGACUCCAAGCUUUACACGCUCCAUUUUGUGCCCUACAGAUUCCCCUGCUUAUUCUCCUGAAAUUGAGAAUAUGUAUGUGAGGUAUACUUCACAAGAAUCAUACAAAGAAAAUCCGCACCCGCCUUGUUUGUCAAGUAGAAUUUACUAUCUAGAUGUUAAGAACAUUAAGAAUCUCCAAUUUAAUGCAAACAAAGAUGGUAACAAGUACACCAAAUUAGAGGUAUUCAAUGCUUACUUAUGGAAGCUACUGAUAUGCACCCAGAACGUCAAGGACACAGAAAACUGUAAAAUAGGAAUAGCUGUAGAUGGCCGCCCACGCUUAAGCGAGAUUGAAGUUUCUACUAACUACUUUGGCAAUGUUAUAGGCUUGCCCUUUGCUGAAUCUAACGCCUACUGUAUAAAAACGAUAUCACUUUGUUGGAGUGCAGGGUUGAUUCAUGAUGCCAUACAAAGUGUAGCAAAUAAGGAGCACUUUAAAAGCUUAAUUGACUUCGUGGAGACAAUAAAGCUAACACCUGUCUUAGCAAAGAUUUACUGCAGAGAAAAUGGCAUGCAGUCAUCUGGGCCUGCAGUUGUGGUGUCUUCUGGAGUGAGGUUUCCUUUGUAUGAGGUUGAUUAUGGAUGGGGAAAACCUACGUUUGGAUGCUACCAUUUCCCUUGGGGUGGUGAAGCAGGAUAUGUCAUGCCAAGUCAUAGUCCUGCAGGAGACGGUAGUUGGUUAGUAUACGUGCAUCUUCCAAAGGAACAGUUAAAUGCAAUUGAAUCUGAUCCCAAUUGCAUUCUACUCCCAAUCGCACAAGAUCUCUUACAUUUGGCUUAG